GGGGUAUACAGGGGUAUAACCGACAAAUCAUACCUCUUCUCUCUCUUAGGGAUUUUGCUUCUCCCUCUUCACCAAACCAUCCCCAAAUUUCUUUUUGUUUAUCUCUCUCUUCUCUCUUCUAUCUGCUUCUUCCUUCUCCACACAACUUUUAUUCUCUCUCUUUUCCCCUCUUCUUCUUUUUCUGCUACAUUGUGUUUCUUUCUCUCUCUUCACCGGAAAAUGCUGCAGAUUCGACCGGCAAACUUCCCUCUAAAUCUAACCCCUAUCUAGCCUGUUUUGUUUGAAAAAAAAAAUUCAAACUCCAUUCUCACUUCCUUACCGAUCUUACCAAACACCCUUCAGCAAAAAUGUUUGAAUCGAUGUUGGAAUUGGAAAUAAUACCGCUCCCAGAAACACCGGAAAAGGAAUCUUCUAAAAACCCGUUAAUCAGAAGCAGGUCUCAGGCAACCACUCGAAGAGUAACACCCACCAACCACCAAAACGACGCCGUACUAGCCCCUCCUAUAGUAGAAAAGCACCUCCCAAACGGAGAUCUCUACAAAGGAACAUUCCUCGGAAAUGUCCCACACGGUGUCGGAAAGUAUCUCUGGUCAGACGGGUGUAUGUACGAAGGAGAGUGGAAGAAAGGUAAAGCCAACGGCAAAGGCAAGUUUUCAUGGCCGUCGGGAGCAACCUACGAGGGUGAGUUCAAAGGCGGUCGGAUGGAAGGACAAGGUACUUUUACCGGUGCCGAAGGAGAUACUUACAAGGGUACUUGGGUGUCGGAUAAAAAACAUGGUUAUGGUGAGAAAAGGUAUGCUAAUGGAGAUUUCUAUGAGGGUUCAUGGAGAAGGAAUUUACAGGAUGGUACUGGAAGGUAUGUUUGGAGGAAUGGAAAUCAAUACCAUGGCGAAUGGAAGAAUGGUUUGAUUUGUGGGAAAGGCCGUUUAAUUUGGGCCAAUGGUAAUAAAUUUGAAGGUUGCUGGGAUAAUGGGGCUGUCAAAGGAAAUGGGACUUUUUCUUACCCACCACCGCCAACACCGCCAACACCGCCACCGCUUCCACCGUUGCGACCAUCGUCUUGGAACGGGAUUACGAAUGGGAAUGAAUUGUUUGUGACGAACAACAACAAUUUUAAUCCUAAGAAAAGGGUUUCCAUGGAUAGUGGUAUUGGAGGAGGAGAGAGGAUAUUCCCAAGGAUUUGUAUUUGGGAAAGUGAAGGAGAAGCAGGUGAUAUUACUUGUGAUAUAAUUGAUAAUGUUGAAGCUGCUUCUAUGAUUUAUGGUGAUGGAUUUGUACGAUUAGAUCGCCAACUUGCUAAGAGUCCUUGUUGUUUUAUUAAAGAAGCUAAGAAGCCUGGCCAAACCAUUUCUAAGGGUCACAAGAAUUAUGAUUUGAUGCUUAAUCUUCAACUCGGUAUUAGACAUUCAGUUGGGAAACAUGCUUCGAUAUUAAGGGAUCUGAAAACAAGUGAUUUUGAUCCAAAGGAGAAGUUCUGGACAAGGUUUCCACCAGAAGGUACAAAACUAACACCAACGCAUAAAUCCACCGAAUUUCGAUGGAAGGAUUAUUGUCCAAUGGUGUUCAGACAUCUGAGGGAGCUGUUUCAAAUAGAUCCGGCUGAUUAUAUGCUGGCAAUUUGUGGGAAUGAUGCUCUCCGAGAACUCUCUUCACCUGGGAAGAGUGGUAGUUUUUUCUACCUUACCCAGGAUGAUCGAUAUAUGAUCAAAACUGUCAAGAAAUCCGAAGUCAAGGUUCUCCUUAGGAUGCUUCCUAGUUACUACCAACAUGUUUGCCGCUACGAAAAUUCACUCGUGACUCGGUUUUAUGGUGUGCAUUGUGUGAAACCGGCUGGUGGACCUAAGACACGCUUCAUUGUCAUGGGAAAUUUGUUUUGCUCGGAGUACCGUAUUCAUAGAAGAUUUGACUUGAAAGGAUCUCGACAUGGCCGGACUACAGAGAAGCCCGAGGUUGAGAUUGAUGAAACUACUACCCUCAAGGAUCUUGAUCUUGACUUUGUCUUCCGCCUCCAAAGGAAUUGGUAUCAGGAAUUGAUGAAGCAAGUUGAACGGGAUUGUGAGUUCCUUGAAGCAGAGAAAAUCAUGGAUUACAGUCUUUUAGUGGGUGUUCAUUUCCGUGAUGAUAACACAGGGGAUAAGAUGGGCCUAUCCCCAUUCGUCCUUCGUGGAAAACGGGAUUCAUAUCGAAAUGAGAAGUACUUGCGUGGCCAUCGCUUCCUCGAAGCUGAACUACAGGACAUGGACCGUGUUCUUGCUGGCAGGAAACCGUUGAUCAGACUAGGGGCUAAUAUGCCAGCCAGAGCAGAGCGGCUUGCCAGGAGAAGUGAUUUUGAUCAGUACAUUCCUGGGGGCUAUGGAAAUCUGGCCCCUGCUAGAAAUGGUGAAAUCUAUGAAGUAAUACUUUACUUUGGGAUAAUUGACAUUCUGCAAGAUUAUGAUAUCAGCAAGAGAUUAGAGCAUGCCUAUAAAUCUCUGCAAGCUGAUCCAACGUCGAUAUCAGCGGUGGAUCCUAAGCUAUAUUCAAAGAGAUUUCGUGACUUCAUCGGAAGAAUAUUUGUUGAAGACAGAUAGCAGUGGAGAAAGAGAGAGGUGAGAGAAAAUCUAGAACACAGCCUAAAAUGGUGGCACUGUUCCAUUGGAAAAAGGAAGUCCCCAUCGGUGCUAGGGUCUCCCCUCCAUGUGGAAUGAAUCAUCAGUCAAGAACUAUUCAACAAUAUUGUUGUUGAUAGCAAUGUUCACAACGUUGGGACCAAGAGACUCCUACAUACUCACUUGGUAGGUGGGAGAAAAUGGGCGGGUAACGCAGCAAUGACAAUCACUGGAGAAUGGUGGUUUAGAUUCGCGAUGAGUGGAUGAAUUAUAGCCUUGGCUGAGUUUUGUUGAUCAGCCAAUGUGAUUAUAUUCUUGUACAUUGAAAUGGGUGGAGGUAAAAUCGUAAAUUGGAUAGGUGGGUAAUAUUGUUAUUGAAUUAUUCCUGUGUAAUGGGGGUAGAAUUUUGUAGCGAUUCAAGUAAGAGGGAAUUGAAAGAUAGGUAUAGAGUGAAAAGGGAAAAUGUGUUUUUUUGUUCCCCCAGAAAAAAAAAAGAAAAAAAAAACCGAGAAAGAGAAAGAAAAUGGGGAAGGAUGUGUGGGAAUAACAAUUGUACAGGGUUAAAUUGGUUAAUAGAAAGGAAGGACAGAUAAUUUAUCUCAAAUCAUCUUUUGUACGUUCUACUUAGGUAGUGAAUAUUAGUUUAAUUGUAUAGUUAAGUUAGUGAUGAGAAAUGUUGCAUAAUUUACGUUACUUUUGUUGCAAGGAUGGACCCCAUUAUUUUUUUAGCUCAAUCUCAAAAUGACUGAUUUU